GACAAAAAAAUGAGUGAAUAUAAGUACAUGUGCGGCUUUGGUUCUCAUUUUUCUUCGGAAGAUCCACGUUGUCCAAAUGCCUUGCCCGAAGGACAAAAUACACCACAAAAAUGUCCCUACGGAUUGUAUGCCGAACAACUGUCGGGUACUGCGUUUACAGCACCACGUAAAGAAAAUGCUCGUACAUGGUUCUAUCGUAUCAAUCCCAGUGCAAAACAUUUACCAUUCCAGUCAUACGAAAAGGAAGGUGGCAAAUAUUUAACACACAACUGGGAUGAACAGAAACCCAAUCCCAAUCAGAUGCGCUGGAAGCCAUUCGAUAUGCCCGCACCAAAUGAAAAAGUGAACUUUGUUCAAGGUCUACACACAGUGUGUGGUGCUGGUGAUGCCCGCAGUCGCCAUGGUCUGGCCGUACAUGUUUACAUGUGCAAUGUGUCCAUGGAGAAUAUGGCAUUUUACAAUAGUGAUGGUGACUUUUUAAUUGUUCCCCAGGAAGGUGUUUUGGAUAUUACCACCGAAUUUGGUAAAAUGAAAGUGGCGCCCAAUGAAAUCUGUGUAAUACCACAAGGUAUUCGCUAUGCUGUGAAUGUUUCGGGAACCACAAGAGGUUACAUAUUGGAGGUAUAUGACAAUCAUUUCCAUUUGCCGGAUUUGGGCCCAAUCGGCGCCAAUGGCUUGGCCAAUCCUAGAGAUUUCCAAACCCCUGUGGCCUGGUUCGAAGAUCGCCAGGUUAAAGAUUUCUCUGUUGUAUCCAAAUUCCAAGGCCACUUAUUUGUGGCCAAACAGCAGCAUUCCUGUUUCGAUGUUGUGGCCUGGCAUGGCAACUAUGUGCCCUACAAAUAUGAUCUGUCCAAAUUCAAUGUAAUUAAUUCCGUUAGCUUUGACCACUGUGAUCCUAGCAUUUUCACAGUUUUGACCUGCCCCAGUUCGAAAUAUGGCACAGCUAUUGCUGAUUUUGUUAUAUUCCCUCCCAGGUGGUCGGUGCAGGAGCAUACAUUCCGGCCACCAUAUUAUCAUCGCAAUUGCAUGAGUGAAUUUAUGGGUUUGAUUUUGGGCCGCUAUGAAGCCAAGGAGGAAGGUUUUAUGCCUGGCGGUGCCACCUUGCACUCGAUGAUGACUCCACAUGGUCCCGAUGCCAAAUGCUUUGAGGGAGCCUCAAAUGCCAAAUUGGCACCUGAACGUGUGGCCGAAGGAACCCAAGCCUUCAUGUUCGAAUCGUCCUUGAGCAUGGCCGUAACCAAAUGGGGUGAAGAGACAUGUCAAAAAUUGGAUGCCAAAUAUUAUGAAUGUUGGCAGGCAUUGAAAAAUAAUUUUAAAUUGGAAUAAAUUAUUAGGC